AUGAGCACCCCAACUGAAACUUCUCCGCUCAUUAUUAAGUGGGGCCUUUCGGGAUUUGGGUCCCGCCAUGCUCUAUACCUUAUCCAUCAGGCCAUGAUAAUGGCCGCCUUCCAAGACGAGCUCAAAAAUCAUAAGAUCGCAUUUAAACUUCACUACACGGUCUUUGAAAAGAAUGCUGGAAAGACUGGCGGUUUUGGUAACGCAUUCCAAGGGAACUGCGACGCCUCCGUCAAUACCUCGGUUACGGCGGCUCUCCCGCCCCCGCUUGUUCACGAUGAGGAUGUCAACUUGCGUGCCCAGGAUCUUGCGGAGUUCGCAAAUCUCCAGAAGGCUGUUAAGAAUGCGAUGGAAAGCAAAUACGACGAAGUACUCAGGGAGCUUAAAGCGUGUAAUCCCUGCGCCGCGGAUUUGUUCAAAAGGGGCUUCGAAGACAGGAAGGUCAUCCCUGGCGUUGCCUACGUGACUAGAGGCAAAUGGGGCAAAAUUCAGUUAGAGAAUAUCGACAAAGCACUUGACUACAUUAAAAAUAAUAUGCAGGAUGAGAUCGAAGUUGCGUUUAAAUAUCCACACGAGGUUGUUGGCGUCAACUUUGACAAUCCUCAAAAACCAAAGCUAAAAGUCGAGGAUUUGGUAGCUAAACGCCAGUUUGAGGAAGAAUUCGACUUCGUCUCUUUUGCCAAUGGCACUCCUCUGGUCCCACCCUUCAAAGAUAGCGACGUUGGGGCCAAACAUUACUACAGCGGCACUCCUAAUCAUAGCGAUAUGAAGAAAUACCUCAACGGGCGCGGGGUUUUGGAUGAUGAUAAACUCAAGACUACAGCAAAGAUCGCAUGCACUGGCUUGAGUCUUUCCUUCUAUGACUAUGCAACUUUAUUACUGGCCUUCCUACCAGGCAUGGAUACGUCCGAGGAUCCCGUCAAAACCGUAGAGGAGCUGGGAAGAGAUAAAUAUAAAGGCCUAAUUACCGUCAUCAGCCGUGGGAGCCGUGGCCCUGCUCCGCCUCGGACUGUCCUUGACGAAAAUUGGCAUGGUGUUGGAGACAGCUUCUUCUCCGCUCGGGACAUGCAUGCGCUGCGCCUACAGCGCAAUUCAAACUGGCUCCCUAUCGCAUACGAGUUCCUUGAGGCUCAUAUUGCGCGUAGCGAGAACAUUUCGCCGGACCAGGUUCGAAAUCAUGGCUCAACUGAAAAAUGCAUGACAGGCUACCUCGACGACUGUAAAAAGUAUCUUGCUAAAGAUAACCGGCCUACUAAAACCGGCCUCUUGCGUGCGGGCUAUGUUGCGUUUUCAGCUGGCUCGGGUAUUGUUCGCGAUGUUGACCAAGCUGAGAACAAACUUGUUUUGGAGGCAAAGUAUACUCGCGAGGGACGCUUCGGAAUACCACUGUUCGGCGCAAGCUGCUUCGAGAUGAGCUCAAAAAACAUAGAUAAAAAAGAGAACGCCAAGUUCUUCGAGCAUUGGAAUGAACAACUGUAUUACAACUAUGCCUCACCUGUCUCGAUCCAGAGGGUCAUGGCUGCAAUGUUCACUUCGGGUAUGGCGGUACACAAACAGGGCAAUUUCAACGGGUUUAGAACUGAGGGGGAUGGGGAAACUCCGAAAUUAGUCUACCAAAAUUCGGACGGAAAAAAUGACGAGUUUGAUGCCCUGCUCGCGCCAAAGGUGUUUAGACGAGACAAUGAUUGCGCCGUCUCUGCUACGAAAGAUAUUGUCAGGAAUAUUAUUGAAGGCGUUCCUGACUAUGGAAAAGGUGGUUACUUCAAAUCCAGUGGAGGAGACCCGAUCAAUGCUUUUGAUUCUGGUCUCGGGGGUUGCGGUGCCAAACAUAAGGACGGGCGGAUCGUUGGCGUGCGAUGGGAUGGCCUCACUAACAACCACCAUGCUGCCAAUACGUGGGCUUCUUCUCGCUCGUAUCAUACUCUUGCGCUAGCAAUAGCCCGUUUCCUCAGUCGCGACAAUUCCGAAUCACCUAUCGAGACCGUUAACAAAGCCUUUGAGAGGACCCUCCCAUCUUGCAAGGAUUUCAAGAGCGAAAUAAAAAGCUUCGAGAAGGAUUGGGAAGAUCUAAAGGAGAGGCUAUUGUUCCUACGACUCGCUAAGAAAUUGGCUGGGCAGCGCUCUGACGAUUACUAUAAAAUCACUAAUAAUAUUUUCACCCCGGAGCUUCGCGACGAGUACAUCAGCAAGUUGAAGGGAGCUGACAAAACUGAGUAUGAAGCAUUGGAAAAUGAAUUUAGGACAUCAAAAUAUAGCUUCAGUUUUGUUAGUUGUGACGAAUUUGAACGCCGGUACCCGGACUACACAAGGCUCCAGUACAAAGCGAUUCUCGAAAAACUAUUCGCGAGUGCGUCUAGGGAUCACCCUGCUGUAACCUCUGCGCAGGGAGCUGCACCUCCUUCGUCGGGCAUCGAGAAUCCGCUCAUUCGCGCCGUUACGCUUGGUGCCAUCGCAGAGGUACUCGAGCUCUUAGAUACAGGAACUAGCCCCAACUUCACGGAUGCGUCUGGAUUGUCCCCGCUACACCACAGCUAUGAGGCCAAUAAAAAGAGAAAAAAAGACGAGAUUUUCGAGUCCUCAGAGUUUCUGGGCCUACUAGGCUUGCUCUUCGAGUACGGCGCCGAUCCAGAUGCCAAAGAUCACACUGGGUCAACGUUACUCCACUAUGCCAGCAAGGAAGGGCGCGACAGAGUAACACGGCUGCUUCUUAAGUAUUGGGCCGAUCCCAAUGUCAAAGAUAACUCCGAGGCUACCCCGUUCCAGCUGGCGGCUAAGAAUAAGCACCGGACCAUCAUGAGACUGCUGAUUGCAAAAGGAGCUGAUGCGUCGGCUGGAGAUGAACCCAAAUUUGCUCUUAGUGGUCCUUCUAGCGAGGGCAAUACGGGAACGGAUAUUGCCACGCCACGGUCUGAAGAGGUGGCUCUCAAACCACUAUUUCCUAUCAGGAUCAACGGAAAUGACCUCAACGAGGCCGAGAUCAAGCCGCAAUCAAACGAAUCCAACACCAAUUACAUUAUAGUUCAGACCGCAGCGCUCUUAAGCCCACCACAGAGGGAGACUCUAAAGGCUGCAGGUCUUGAUACUCAAGAAUACGUCUCUAAUUGCACAUAUCUGUGUCGAUACACAGGCCAGGAUCUCGACAAAAUCGGCCAAAUCGACCCAAUCGUCUAUGUUGAUAUUUAUCGUCAGGAGUUCAAAAUUGCUCCGAGCCUAAAGGAAGCAAUAGAAAGGACGCUUCCCGAUGAUAAAAUAGAAAUAUUUGUCCUCUGCCACGAUUUCGAGUCAACGAAUGAUCGGGAUUUCCUACAGCUGAUCGCAGACAAGUCGGGUCUGAACCUAUGGGAUGUUAAAUUCAUCGACAGAAAAACACACCUCACCGUCUUAAGUCAAUCUAUAGAUGGUAUAGCAAAAAUUGAUCAAGUACGCUACAUCGAGGAGGUAGGCAUAGCAGAGGUCUCCAAUAAUAGGGCCCGAGUGACAUUGGGGCUUGAUAAGCUAGCCGAAGACGGGCAAGCUCUCCCGGCACACCAGUAUCAGGGAGCCGGACAGGUAAUCGCUAUCGCAGACACCGGACUUGGACUUGGUGAUAUAGCAGCCCCGCCUCACCCUGCUUUCGGUGACCGUGUAGUAGGUUGGUACAGACAAAACGGGUUUACAGCGGACUAUGACGGCCAUGGGACUCAUGUCUGCGCUUCAGCUGUUGGGAACGGUAAGACUAGGGACAAUAUUCAUAUCAUGGGCACUGCUCCUAGAGCAAACCUGGUGAUGCAUUCCCUAUGGCGUAGUAGCGAGAUGACCAUAGACAGACCUAAACAUUUUGAUGAGCUCUUCCGCCCUCCAUACACAGAACACAAGGCAAGAGUGCAUUCAAAUUCUUGGAAUAAACCAUCGCGGGGGUAUACAACCGAGGCCAAUGAGAUCGACAGUUUCGUUUGGGAAAAACAGGAUAUGGUGAUAUGCUGGUCAGCUGGUAACAAACGCGCUGGCAGUACUAGUCUGGCGCAAGAAAAUGAGGGACAGAUUGGAGCUGAGGCCAGCGCAAAAAAUUGCAUCACCGUCGGCGCCUGCGAGGGCGAACAGGAUCACACCAUAGUCCCCGAUUAUAGCAACUGCGGCCCCCUCGCGGGAGAUGAUAAAUGCAAAAGGCGCAAGAAACCAGACGUCGUCGCACCCGGCACAAUGAUCCUGUCGGCGAGAUCAAGGCAAAUGCCCCCGUCACAAUCCGGAGAGGACCCGGACUGGUAUAGGGAUACCGGGACUAGCAUGGCCACAGGACUUGUCGCCGGUUGUGCUGCUGUCUUAAUUGAAGCCGUCACUGCGAAUCGAAUAGGAGAUCGACAACCAAGCGCGGCAUUGAUCAAAGCGCUGUUUAUCAACGGUGCCGAGAAGCUUGUUACUGAGAGAGUCCCUCUCCCUAUUCCCAAUGUCCGCUCAGGAUUUGGCCGCGUAAACCUCACCAACUCAAUUAAAAUCGCAUGCCAAACAGAAGGAGCUGGCUUCAUGGAAGGCGAACUAGUCUGGGGCUCUAAGAAAAGUUUUACUUUUAGGAAGCCACCCAAAAAUGAAUGCACCACUGUCAAAGCUACUCUCGUAUGGUCGGACCCUCCUGGAGAUCUCAUCAAGAACCGACUAUUCUUGAAGGUAAAAUGCGGGGAUCGACAGGUAUUUUCCCGCCUCUACAAUAACGUGCAGCAAGUUUUAUGGGAUAUGGGAUCCGUGAUCUAUCAAGAAGUUGAAUUCACGGUAAUGGCUGAGGAUGACGAGUUAGAUCAGUCUCCACAACCUUUUGAUGUUGCUUGGCAAUUUAGCUAG